AUGGCUCCCAAGCGUGCUGCUUCUUUCAAGGCUGGUACUGAGACUAAACGCAAACGAAGCAUGAUGACGAUCACUGAGAGGAUGAAACAUCUGGAUAUGUUGAAGGAAGGGAGAACAUUCGCUGCCGUAGCCCGGCAUUUUAGCGUGAACGAAUCCACCGUUCGCUACAUAAAGAAGGACGAGGCUAACAUCAGGAAAACGGCUGCCAUCAACUUUAAUAUGUCGACGAAGAGAGUGGUUACGGCUCGUAAUACAACUAACAUCCGUAUGGAACUGCUUUGGCCGAGCCUGUACGAGACUUUCGCCGCUAAGGAACCUGAGGACGACAGUGGCGACCGCGAAGAAGGGGAAGAAGACGAAGACGAGGUAGAACAUCCGCAACCAGGGACGUCUAGUGAUUCACAACCUAAAAAAACGUCCUUUUUCUGUUGGCAAAAUGAUGUGUUUUACCCGCAAGUCAAUGUGUAUCUAUUAGAGCAGGGCUUGCCAUUCGAAAUCCUUCUCCUGGAUAACGCUGGUGGCCACGCAAUUGAUUCGUUGCAUGAGGGCAUUCAGAUUGAGUUCAUGCCGCCCAACACUACGCCACUAUAUUCAGCUAAUGGACCAGGGUCUUAUCAGGGCGUUCAAGGCCUUAUACACGAAGAAUGUUCUGGCAAGGCGUUGCAAGAAAUGAAGCUUACCAGCAUUAACAUGAGCUGGAAGAAUUUGUGGCCCGAGGUUAUUUACGACGACAAGGGAUAUACACCUGCCGAAAUCCAACACUCAGUAGUUGGCUGCGAUCAUUGGGCUGAGAGCUUUGCAAGCAUGACCAUGGGAGACAUCGACGACUUAUUCGACUGUCAAUCCCAGCCGCUAACCGACCAAGACCUUGAAGACUUGACGAAUUCGGCCAGCGAAGAAGAAGAAACGCAGUAA